UUGUCAGUGUAUAUAAACACAUCUUCAUUCUAAAAUUAUGUGGUUCUAAAUUACAGUGGAUGAAAACUCUUUUAACACUAUUUUGAUAACACUUAAACAUUGAGUUGAUUUACCGUACCUUCAUAUUUACAUACAUUUUGAUCUUUUAUGUCUAAUCUUUUUAACAAGUAGUACAAUACAGUUUUAGAAUGUUUACAAAUCCUCUCAUCUAGAAAACAAGUCUUAGGGAUCAAAAGUUGUUGGCUUAUGGAGCAAGGGGGGAUGAUGGAAAAUGGAUAGACAAAAUCGUGACAGAGAUAGUGCUACCGAGGGGAGGACAUUGCACACAUAUACACCAAAGAGCCACGAGGAUCUUUUGAGAAGCCAUUUACAACUAGACGCAACAAGAAAUGCAAGGUUGCAAAAUGAGCUCAAACGACUCGCUGAUGAAAAUAAAAAGCUUCAACAAGAUUUGGAAGAUGCUCAGAAUGAAAUAUAUGACAAAGAAGAUGAAAUUGAAGAACUGCGGAGGAAAUUAGAAGAGAAGCCAAAGUAUAACCCUUCAUCUAAGUACUCGCCUGACGAACCCGAGCAGGUGUUUGAGAUAGAUGGUAAACCAGUAACUCUUGAACAGAUAUUGAUGCAUUUUGAGGGAGUCAUAGAAAAACAUCAUGACUUGUUGGAUAACAAGAAUCGACAAAUAUUUGAUCUGGAAAAUGCUCUUAAAAAUAUGCCCAAACAAGCAUUCAAAAGUACAAGAAACAUUGAAACACAAUUGGAACCUAGCCGGGAAAAUAGAGAAGAUUUCACAAGAGAGCUAGUUUUGAUAAGAAAGGAGUAUGAACAAGUUGAACAUAUUUUAACUGAUAGAAACAACAAAUUGGAAAAUCAUAUUGAAGAUUUACAUAGAAAGUUGGAUCAGUAUAACAAUGAAAUCGGACAUUUAAGAAGAGAACUUGCUGCUCAGAGAGUGAAUCCAAAGGAAAGUCCAUUGUUGCUGAAGGAGAAAGAAAAGGAGAACAGUUUUGCGAGAAAUGUAGCAUAUACAGAAGAAAACCAACCUCAAAUUUCUGACGUAGUUUCAAAGACAAAUGAACCAAUCAAACCAUACGAGACAGCUUAUAAUGAAAAAGACCAACAUGAAGAACCAAACAACAGUUAUGAAAAAGCAAUUACUACACAUGAGGAGCCCAUACCAAGAUAUGAAAAAGCAAUUAUUACACAUGAAGAUCCAAUGCCAAGAUAUGAAAGAGCAAUUACUACACAUGAAGAUCCAAUAAUGGUACAACCUGGGUAUGGAGAGCAAAAUAUACACAACUCUCCUGACAGCAGCUCCUUAAAAUCUUUCAAACUAGUAGAUUACAGACCGGUCUCACCAGAAAUCUCUUACAGGCAGUUUCCUAUCAGAUCAGAAAGGUAUUCCAAGGCUCAUGAUCCAAGAUCAUAUUCUCCCCCAGCGUGUGAAGCUUGUGGUGAAAACUACAUUCCAUCUCGAGCCCCUUAUAUCCAGCAGCAAGAUGAUGUUCCUUCAAGAGCAGAAUAUGUUGAACAACAACAACUGGUUCAAGGAAAACCAAAAAAGAAAGGCUGUUGUGGUGGAAAGGGAAGUCAAACUUCAAACGUUCCCUAUGAGAAGCGACCCCAGAAGGAACAGGUUGUUCAUGUACACAAUCUGAAUCAAGCCCAAGAUCAACCUUCUGAUUCGCCUAAACCAAAAAGAAAAUUGGUGGCAAAAUUGAAACCGGAUAUUAUAAAACUAUAAUAUAUAGAUAUUAUAGGAAUAUUAUAAAACUAGUACGAAUAAAUAAAUU